AUGGCAGUGGAUACCCCUGACGACGUGUAUCUGGCCAAAUACACUUCCUUCAUCACCUAUAGUGGACCGCUGACCAAGCUGCCUGCUGCUACUGCUACUCGCGCCCUGCCGUUGGCGCGUGUGUUAACCCCUUCCCUCAUUACCUACCUACGCCUCCUCUUCCUCUUCCUCUUCGCCUACGUCGUGGAUACGUUUGUGUUCGUACUGGUUUCGGAUCUGGAUUCGUACAGGACCGCCUCCUCCAGGACGCUGCCAGGGAAUCAUAACCUGAAUGAUGCCACAGGUUCCAUAGCCUUGGGCGGGAGUCGUCCGGACGAACGGGGUGACGGCCCCAUCCCCUCGCCGUCGCUGGCGCUGCUUCGUCGCGUCGGCCAGUUCGUGGUGACACCUCUCUUCACACACGUCCUGGCUGACUCCACUGGUCGCGCAACCUUCAACUUCACAGCGCCACAAAACCUGGGAACGUUUGUAAUCCGGGCUUUUGCCGCCGCCGGCUCUGUGGCCAAGUACGGCUCCGGGGAGAGCAAAUUGGUUGUACGGCGCAGCCUGUCCCUCACCCCUAGCGUACCGGCCUUUGUUCGUGUUGGCGACGUCUUCGAGGGCGGAGUUGUAGUCACUGUGGGCUCUGCACCCGCCACCGUCACCGUCAGUCUGCAGGUGCUUUCCGGCAACAGCCUCCGGGUAGUAGGUACUCUGGUCAAGCAGGUGACCUUCACCGGCGGCAGCGGGGGAGACCUCCAGGAGGAGCGAGCCUCCCUGCUCAAGCUAAAAGCAACUACAGAUAUUAACCGCCGGGAACCGUUACCCGGGGCUCAUAACCUGUUGGUCCGCUUCAAUUUCAACGCCACAGCAGUUGGUACGACAAGUCUGGUGUUUAGCGCCAGUGAUGGCGUGCUGAUCGGCGGUGGGCGAGACUCUCUGCAAUUGGAAAUCGACGUGGAGGGUCAGCAAGGGGCGGUGUGGAUAGCCACAUCAUAUCCCCUGGCCGGAGCCGCCACCCCAUCGAAUCCCACCAACAGCACUGUCAGCUGGGUGGAUGGAUUGGAACUUCCGGCGACCGUACCGGGUAGCGGCGGUCUGACCUUGUCAGCUGGUGUCGGCUAUUUGCCAGCUCUUGCUGCGUUGUACGACAACAUACUGGUUUCGGAGUCCUGGAGGACGGAACCUUACGCACAGCCAGCAGUGCUAUGGGCGACACUGCCUGCCGUACUGUCGUACUACGGUCAAACCGUUAACGGCAGCCAGGCGACGGAGGUUACAGCGGCAGUUUCCGAUUUGAACACUCUCACAGAUCCCGUGUACGGCUUGUGUUGGACCACAUAUUCUAGGUUUAGCGGUUGGUGGACCAGAAGGACCGACGUCUACCUCAACACUUGGGCGCUCUUCGUGGUCAAUUUCCACGCAGCUGUCGUACCGUCUGUCGUACCGGACGUUUUGGCGCCCAAAUGGCGUCAGGCGUUGGAGACGCAGGUGGUGGCGGACGACUGGGAAGCUCGGUCGUACAACUCGUCGUACAGCGACUGGAACAUGCUGGCGUGGAUUCGGCUGGCGUUGGGCGCUGAUUGGAAGCCCGAUGCAGUCGCCAGCGCGGACAACCUCACCCUGUGGCACGUCUCCCUGGAGCGAACUCUGGCCGUGUAUAGGGACCAGGAGACACGGUGGCAGUUUGACAGACAGACCCGUAUGGUACUAUCGCUGGUGCUGCUGAGCAUGGGCGACGAAAAUCCGGAACCUGGCCUGGUGGAUGAAACAGUAACGGAAGUCGUAUCGUCGCUACACACCCAAGGCCGUACAGUUUAUCUGGGCGUCGGCCCCGGUAUCUCCGCAACAGCCUCCCCGGAGGAGCAGGCGCUGGCACUGCUACUGCUGCUCCGCUCCGGAGUCGACGUUCCUGCUUUCACGUCUAGGCUUGCAAACUACAUCGCCAGCCCUUCAAGCGCUGGCAGAGGCGGCGGCAUAUUCCUCAACCUUUACCCUUCCUUAAGUGCUCAGGCACUGGCUGUGGCGGCGCUGACGGAGUACGACAGAUCGAGGGGUAGCAGCGAACCCAACCUGGACUUGAGGGCUUCGGUCGGAAGCCUCAAUGUACUGCAGGCGUCCUUCCGUGUCAACGAAACACGCCCCGUCACGUCCUACACAACGUGGGAAGCCAUGCCGCCCUCCUCCCGGGGCAAGCCUCGGUUGCUGUCCGUAGAGGCCAACGGUACCGGAGAAGCUUUCCUCUCUGCCGCCAUCCGCUUUAUCCCCGUAGCGCUACCCCCGUUCCCCACAUACCGAGGAAUUGCCGUCGAGCUUGUCGUACAACUCGUUGACCCGCUCACUGGUCGGCCGACGGGCCCUCACCUCGCUGCCGUACCUCUCGGUUCCGUUGUAGCGUUAACCGUCCAACUUACAACCCCCGACGAUCUCAGCGCGGUCACCCUUUCCGUUAUGAUGCCUGGUGGUUUGGAACCUAUGGAUCCAAAUCUGGUUCCUGAUGCGGCAUCGCCGUGCUUCAUCAGCUGGUUUGGGUCGAACGAGUGGCAGUACUGCUUCCCGCGAUGGUGGUGGUGGCCGGUGUGCCCGGCUCAGGAAACCCGGCCGUCGCUGGUAACGUUCUCUUACGCCGCGCUUCGUGCCGGUACCACCACAGCCACGGUUAAAGCUGUGGCGGCGACUGCAGGCACGUUUGUCGUACCACCUGUACGAGCAUCGGUAGACGAGCAGCCGGAGGUGAUGGGUAUGACGGCGGGUGGUAGUUUGACGGUGUGCGAUGGAUGCUCCGGCGCCACGCCGGCGCCCCCGCCUCGCGCCCCUAAGGCCUGUCCCGCGGACUGCAGCGGCAACGGAGUUUGCAACUUGCUGAGGGGGAUGCAAUCUUGCAUCAUCAUCAUCAUUAUCAUCAUCAUCAUCAUCGUCACCAUCAUCACCAUCAUCACCAUCGUCACCAUCAUCAUCACCAUCACCAUCACCAUCAUCACCAUCAUCAUCAUUAUCAUCAUCAUCAUCGUCAUCGCACCCUACCUACCGUCCUCCGCCUCCCCCUUUUUCCGGCGCGUGCCUUAA